AAAUAUUUAAACAUGCCCGACUGCGGCCUUGUUGCAUGUGCUGUGGCAGGAGGAGGCCUCUAAAGCGGAUUACUGGCCGACAACCGACGCGUUGCAACACGAGGCAACAAAAGGCAAACGAAAAACAGAUGGCCACGCCCGCUGCCCGCCCACCGAUGAUAAUUGAAUAGGAGCUCUGAUUGCACUGUGGCUCGUCGGCUCUCGCAGCACACCCACACCCACGCACCACCCGCAGGAGGGAGCCUCCUUCAGACACAGAGGCAAACACAUCGACCAGCGACCAUCGACACCGACAGCCACUGCGAGUGUCGUGGUCGUGGCAAUGCAAACGAGGGACUGGCGGAGUAGCUGGUGGAGGCUGGGGCUGGGGCUGCUGGCGCUGCUCCAGCUGGCCGGCCACCAUCUGUCCGAGGGGUAUCUGAUCGUGGUGCACGAGGACGCGGCGCCGGGGACGGUCAUCUUCAACGCCUCCGUGUACAAGCUGGGCUCGGAGCGGCACUACAAGAUCAACGCGCACAAGUCGGCCAACUUUGUGCACCACCUGGUCACGGUCAGCCACAAGGACGGGCAGAUCCAGCUGCGGAAGGCGCUCAAGUGCGACGGCAUAUACUACCCGAGCCUGUUCACCUUCUACGUGGACUCGACGUCGAACCGGCUGCGCAGCAUCGACUACUACAGCCUGCCGGUGAGGAUAUUCGUCUCGGGGCACAGCUGCAACGAGGACAGGCGCGUCGAGCAGGAGCUGCACCACCACCAGCACCACUACGAGGAGGAGGACAACACGGGCUACUCCAAGCGGCGGCGCAGGCGGUCCGCGCCGCUGGAGGUCCAGCUGCUGGACGGCAACCAGCUCGAGCAGGCCUACAGCCAGAACAGCACCGAGUUCCGGGCCGGAGACCUGAUCUUUGGCGACAGCUUCGAGAACGAGAUGCGGCACCGCAUCCUCAGCCGCAAGCGGCGCGGACUGCCCUCGUCCGACCCGCUGCACCUGCAGCCGGCCCUCCAUCGGCGCAUCUCCGACGCCAAGCAGUGGAUCUCGGAGACGUACGCCUCCUACGCCAUCCACACGACGGACAAGUGGAACCAGAUCUGCCUGCGCAAGUCGCAGUUCAUCAACAGCCUGAACGCCUUCCUGCCCCGGACCGUGUGCCAGUUCUGCAAGGUGAACUUCCUCGACGUGAACGACGAGCGGUUCGCCAUCGAGCACCGGAACCGGGACCUGGUGGCCAGCCGCGACGUCUGCAUCCACGAGUCAAUGUGGAAGGUCAGCAUCACGUUCAACAUCCGGUGCAGCCGCAACGACAUCGUCGACUCCGACCACCGCCUGAAGAUCGUCUACCACCACCAGGAGUUCAACGACACCGACAUCGCCAGGCGCGUGCGCCGCGAGCUGCGCAACCAGUCGCCCUACUUCGAGCAGGCCCUCUACGUGGCCGCGGUGCUGGAGGAGCAGGCGUCCGGGGCAGCGGUCACCACCGUGCGGGCCCGCGACCCCGAGGACUCCCCCGUGGUCUACUCCAUGGUCUCGCUGCUGGACUCGCGCUCGCAGUCGCUCUUCAAGGUGGACUCGCGCACCGGCGUGGUCACGACGUCGGCCAGCCUCGAUCGCGAGCUCAUGGACGUCCACUACUUCCGCGUGGUGGCCACCGACGACAGCUUCCCGCCCCGCUCCGGCACCACCACGCUCCAGGUGAAUGUCCUCGACUGCAACGACCACAGUCCCACCUUCGAGGCCGAACAGUUCGAGGCGAGCAUCAGGGAAGGCGCCACCGUGGGCUCCACAGUCAUCACCCUGCGAGCCACCGACCAGGACAUUGGCAAGAACGCGGAGAUAGAGUACGGAAUCGAAACAGUUACAGAUGGCACCGGAUCGACGCAGGAUCAGGAGCUGCCCAUCUUCCGGAUUGACUCCCGCUCGGGUGUCAUCUCCACGCGCAGCAGUCUGGACAGAGAGACGUCGGACAGCUACCACCUGCUGGUGACCGCCUCGGACAUGGCAGCAGCCCAGAGCGAACGCAAGACCGCCACGGCCAGUGUGCUGGUUAAGGUCCUGGACGACAACGACAACUAUCCGCAGUUCAGCGAGCGCACGUACACCGUCCAGGUACCGGAGGACCAGUGGGGCGGCAGCGAGGACAAUACCGUGGCCCACAUACGGGCCACAGACGCGGACCAGGGCAACAAUGCCGCCAUCCGGUACGCGAUCAUUGGCGGCAACACGCAGUCGCAGUUCUCCAUCGACUCCAUGUCGGGCGACGUGAGUCUGGUGAAGCCCCUGGACUACGAGAGUGUGCGCAGCUAUCGGCUGGUGAUACGCGCCCAGGACGGGGGAAGUCCCUCGAGGAGCAACACCACCCAGCUGCUGGUCAACGUGAUAGAUGCCAACGACAAUGCGCCGCGCUUCUACACCUCCCAGUUCCAGGAGAGCGUGCUAGAGAACGUCCCCGUCGGCUACAACAUCAUUCGGGUGCAGGCCUACGACUCGGACGAGGGCCCCAACGCGGAGAUCACGUACAGCAUCUCGGAGCGCGACGACAACUUUCCGCUGGCCGUCGAUCCUCGAACCGGCUGGGUGCAGACCAUCAAGCAGCUGGACAGAGAGGAGCAGAGCCGCUUCGCCUUCCAGGUGGUGGCCAAGGACGGCGGAGUGCCGCCCAAGUCCGCCAGCUCUUCGGUGGUGAUCACCGUCCAGGAUGUGAACGACAACGACCCCACCUUCAACCCCAAGUACUACGAGGCGAACGUGGGCGAGGAUCAGCCGCAGGGCACGCCCGUCACGACUGUCACGGCCACAGACCCGGACGAGGACUCGCGGCUGCACUACGAGAUCACGACAGGCAACACGCGCGGACGCUUCGCGAUCACCUCGCAGAACGGCAGGGGUCUCAUCACGAUCGCCCAGUCCCUGGACUACAAGCAGGAGAAGCGCUUCCUGCUCACGGUCACGGCCACCGACUCCGGCGGACGCUCCGACACGGCCACGGUGCACAUCAACAUAACGGACGCGAACAACUUUGCCCCCAUCUUCGAGAACGCGCCCUACAGCGCCUCCGUGUUCGAGGAUGCGCCCGUGGGCACCACCGUGCUGGUGGUCUCUGCCACCGACAGCGACGUGGGGAUUAACGCGCAGAUCACGUACUCGCUGAACGAGGAGAGCAUCAACGGACUGGGCAGCCCGGACCCCUUCUCCAUCAAUCCGCAGACGGGGGCGAUCGUCACGAACGCCCCCCUUGACAGGGAGACGACCAGCGGAUACCUGCUGACAGUCACCGCCAAGGACGGCGGCAGUCCCUCGCUGAGCGACACCACCGACGUGGAGAUCAGUGUCACGGACGUCAACGACAACGCGCCCGUGUUCAAGAACCCGCUCUACCAGUCCUCCAUUCUGGAGGACGCGCUGGUCGGCACCUCGGUCAUCCAGGUGUCCGCCAGCGAUCCGGACAUCGGCCUCAAUGGGCGCAUCAAGUAUCUGCUGAGCGACCGCGACGUGGAGGACGGCUCCUUUGUGAUUGACCCCACGUCGGGAACAGUCCGCACCAACAAGGGCCUGGACAGGGAGAGCGUGGCCGUCUAUCACCUGACAGCCAUUGCCGUGGACAAGGGCUCGCCGCCGCUGUCCAGUUCGGUGGAGGUGCAGAUUCGGUUGGAGGAUGUCAACGACUCGCCGCCCACCUUUGCCUCGGACAAGAUCACGCUCUACGUGCCGGAGAACUCGCCCGUGGGCUCUGUGGUGGGCGAGAUACACGCGCACGAUCCGGACGAAGGCGUCAAUGCCGUGGUCCACUACUCGAUCAUCGGCGGCGACGACUCCAACUCCUUCUCGCUGGUCACGCGACCAGGUUCCGAGCGCGCCCAGCUGCUGACCAUGACGGAGCUGGACUACGAGUCGUCCCGGAAGCGGUUCGAGCUGGUGGUGAGGGCGGCCAGUCCACCGCUCCGCAACGAUGCCCACAUCGAGAUCCUGGUCACGGACGUGAACGACAACGCGCCGGUGCUGCGCGACUUCCAGGUGAUCUUCAACAACUUCCGCGACCACUUCCCCAGCGGCGAGAUCGGACGCAUUCCGGCCUUCGAUGCGGACGUCAGCGACAAGCUGAACUACCGCAUCCUCUCCGGCAACAAUGCCAACCUGCUGCGGCUGAACAGCAGCUCCGGCGGACUGAUACUCAGUCCGCAGCUCAAUACGAACGUGCCCAAGUUCGCCACGAUGGAGGUGUCCGUUUCGGACGGCAUCAACGAGGCCAAGGCCAUCAUGCAGCUGUCGGUGCGCCUCAUCACGGAGGACAUGCUGUUCAACUCGGUGACGGUGCGCCUGAAUGAGAUGACGGAGGAGGCCUUCCUGUCGCCGCUACUCAACUUCUUCCUCGACGGCCUGGCGGCCAUUAUCCCCUGCCCCAAGGAGAACAUCUUCAUCUUCAGCAUACAGGACGACACGGACGUCACGUCGCGCAUCCUGAACGUCAGCUUCUCGGCGAAGAGGCCCGACGUCUCGCACGAGGAGUUCUACACGCCACAGUACCUUCAGGAGAGGGUCUACCUCAACCGGGCCAUCCUCGCGCGCCUGGCCACCGUGGAGGUGCUGCCGUUCGACGACAACCUGUGCGUGCGGGAGCCCUGCCUGAACUUCGAGGAGUGCCUCACGGUGCUGAAGUUCGGCAACGCCUCGGAGUUCAUCCACAGCGACACGGUGCUGUUCCGGCCCAUCUAUCCGGUGAACACGUUCGCCUGCUCCUGCCCGGAGGGCUUCACCGGCAGCAAGGAGCACUACCUGUGCGACACCGAGGUGGACCUGUGCUACUCGGACCCCUGCCAGAACGGGGGCUCCUGUGUGCGGCGCGAGGGCGGCUACACCUGCGUCUGUCCGGACUCGCACACGGGCCUCAACUGCGAGACGACCGUCAGCAAGCUGCGGCCCUGCAUGUCGGACGCCUGCGAGGGCGGGCUCUCCUGCAUGAACAACUACCUGAGCUCCCAGCCACCGCCCUACACGGCCACCUGCGAGCUGCGCUCCCGCUCCUUCUCCCGCAACUCCUUCCUGACCUUCGAGAGCCUCAAGCAGCGACACCGCUUCAACCUCAAGCUGCGCUUCGCCACCGUCCAGGACAACGGCCUGCUGCUCUACAACGGCCGCUACAACGAGCUGCACGACUUCAUCGCCCUGGAGAUCCUCGAGGGGCACAUCAGCUUCUCCUACUCGCUGGGCGACCACAGCCAGCGGCUGUCCGUCGAGCAGCAGUCCAAGGUCUCGGACGGCCAGUGGCACGAGGUGGAGGUGGCGUACCUCAACCGCAGCGUCACCCUGGUCCUGGACAAGUGCGACACGGCCAUCGCUCUGUCGGGGGAGCAGCUGGGGCCCCGCUGGCACUGCGCCAACCAGACCACGCUGAAGCUGGACAAGCGAUGCGCUCUGCUGACCGAGACCUGCCAUCGAUUCCUCGAUCUCACGGGACCCCUGCAGGUGGGCGGACUGCCGCGCAUACCCGCCCACUUCCCAGUGGCCAAUCGCGACUUCGUCGGCUGCAUCUCGGACCUGAGGAUUGACGACCGCUACGUGGACCUCAACUCGUACGUGGCCGACAACGGUACGAUCUCCGGGUGUCCGCAGAAGUCGGCGCUGUGCGCCUCGGAGCCGUGCUUCAACGGCGGCACCUGUCGCGAGGGCUGGAGCACCCACACCUGCGAGUGCCCCGAGGGCUAUGCGGGCAUCAACUGCCAGGAGAACAUUCCCGCUCCCUGGCGCUUCUCCGGCGACGGCAGCCUCAGCUUCAAUCCCCUGCUGCGGCCCAUCCAGCUGCCGUGGCACACCUCCUUCUCGCUGCGCACGCGCCAGCGCGACGCCUUCAUCAUGCAGAUCCAGAUCGGGCAGAACAGCUCGGCGGUGGUCUCCCUCAAGCACGGCAUCCUCUACUACACGUACGACAAUGAGCCGAUGUACCUGGCCGGGGCCUUCCUCUCAGACGGCGCGUGGCAUCGCGUGGAGAUCAAGUGGCAGCAGGGCUCCGAGGUCCAGUUCUCCGUGGACUACGGCCAGCGCUCGGGCUCAGUGCCCAUGUCCCAGAAGGUGCAGGGCCUCUAUGUGGGCAAAAUAGUCAUCGGCAGCGUGGACGGCACCAUUGGGGCCGUGCUGGAGGCGUCUCCCUUCGAGGGCUGCAUACAGGACGUGCGCAUCGGAGCCGGACAGUCCGUGCUGUCGCGGCCCACCAUCCGGGAGAACGUGGAGGACGGCUGCGAGUCGCGGGCCCAGUGUCCGGACAACUGUCCGGCCCACUCCGACUGCGCCAGCAGCUGGGACGCGGCCACCUGCGAGUGCGAGGCUGGCUACGUGGGCGCGGAGUGCGCUCCCAUCUGCACGGUCAACCCGUGCACCGCGGGCGUGUGUCGGGCCAACGUCAGUCUGGCGCGGGGCUACCGCUGCGAGUGCAACAGCAGCUUCCAGCACGGCGACUACUGCGAGAGGGAGCUGCAGCAGCCCUGUCCCGGCGGCUGGUGGGGCGAGCGCGUGUGCGGGCCCUGCAAGUGCAACCUGAAGCAGGGCUACCAUCCGGACUGCAACAAGACGACGGGCCACUGCUACUGCAAGACGAACCACUACCAGCCGCCCAACGAGACGGCCUGCCUCUCCUGCGACUGCUACUCCAUCGGGAGCUUCAACAGCGCCUGCAACCGCCUCACGGGGCAGUGCGAGUGCCGCGAGGGCGUCAUCGGACGCCGCUGCGACUCCUGCUCCAACCCCUACGCAGAGGUCACGCUCAACGGCUGCGAGGUGGUCUACGACGCCUGUCCGCGGUCCUUUGCGGCGGGCAUCUGGUGGCCCCGCACACCCCUGGGCAGCGUCACCGUCGAGAACUGUCCGCUGCCGGCGCGCGGUAAGGGCCAGCGCAGCUGCGACAGCCAGACGGGCAGCUGGACCACUCCGGACAUGUACAACUGCACCUCGGAGCCGUUCGUGGAGCUGCGGCGGCAGCUGUCGCAGCUGGAGCGCCUGGAGCUGGAGCUCAACUCGUUCGUGGCCAUCAAAAUGGCGGAGCAGCUGCAGCGGGCCUGCGAGGCCGUCGACCGCAGUGGCGUGGCCAAGCAGCCGGCGCCCAGGCCCAGCGGCAGGCGCUACAAGAUGGAGUCUUCGUUCCUGCUCAACGCCGGCGGCAACGUGUGGUCGCACGAGCUAGAGAUGGACUACCUGUCGGACGAGCUGAAGUUCAGCCACGACCGGCUGUACGGCGCCGAUCUGCUGGUGACGGAGGGCAUCCUCCAGGAGCUGAUCAACUACGAGCUGAUGCAGAGCGGCCUCAACCUGUCGCACAGCCAGGACAAGUACUUCAUCAAGAACUUGGUGGACGCGGCGAGCGUGAUCCUGGACCGCAAGUACGAGGCGGAGUGGCGACGGGCCUCGGAGCUCAUCCAGCGCGGCCCCGACGACCUGGUGGAUGCCUUCAACAAGUACCUGGUGGUGCUGGCGCGCUCCCAGCACGACACCUACACCAAUCCCUUUGAGAUCGUGCAGCCGAACGUGGCCCUGGGCCUGGACAUCGUCACCACCGAGUCCCUGUUCGGCUACGAGCCGGAGCAGCUCAGCGAGUACCACCGGAGCAAGUACCUCAAGCCGAACGCCUUCACCACCGAGAGCGUGGUGCUGCCCGACACCAGCGGCUUCCUGCAGCACUCCGCCAAGCAGAAGCCCGUGAUCAGCUUCCCCAAGUACAACAACUACAUUCUGGACAGGCACAAGUUCGACAAGCACACCAAGGUGCUCGUCCCGCUCGAGAUGCUCGGCAUCACGCCACCCGAGAGCGACGAGGUCACCCAGGGCAGCCGCCGGGGCAACGACUACCGGGCCAUCGUCGCCUACGCCCAGUACAAGGACGUGGGCCAGCUGCUGCCGGACCUCUACGACGAGACCAUCACGCGCCGCUGGGGCGUCGAUGUGGAGCUGGCCACGCCCAUACUCUCACUGCAGAUCCUGGUGCCAUCGGUGGAGCGGGAGCGGGAGCAGGAGCAGCAGCAGCAGCGCUUCGAGAUUCCGUCGCGAAAGAUCUCCUCUUCGUCGUCAUCGUCCAGCACCUCCUCGUCCUCUGGCAGCACGGAGCAGCAGUUCGUGGAGGUCUUCGACGUGCCCAAGGCCCCGAGCAGCAGCAGCGAACAGCAGAUCGAGGACAUCCGGAUCACGGCGCACGAGAUUCCGCCGCCAGCCUCCUCCGGGGAGCAGCUGGAGGCCAGCAGCAACGAGGAUGGCGCGGAGGUGCAGGAGCCCCACAUCCACCUCAACUUGGACGAUAUCGAGUUCCACGGCAACUCGGGCGAGGAGCUCCUGCCCCCCGACUCCACGGAACUGCUGAACCCCAACUACGAGGGGACGGGCGCAGCCUCCGGCAGCGAGGAGCAGCCGAAGGGCGAGAACGAGGCCAUCUACCGGGACCGACGACUGGUCAAGCGGCAGGUGGAGGUCAUCUAUCCCUCGGACCAGCUCCAGCAGGCGCCGGAGCGCAUGGUCUACCGCUCGCUGGGCUCGCCGCACCUCCUGCAGCCCAUCAAGCUGCAGAUGUGGCUGGACAUGGACACGGCGCGCUUCGGCCCGCGCUCCAACCCGCAGUGCGUGCGCUGGAACUCCUUCACCAACCAGUGGACCCGUCUGGGCUGCCAGACGGAGGCGCCCGACUUCGACGGCGACUUCGCGCCCUCGCCGCAGCAGCCCAUCCUGAUCAACUGCAGCUGCACACACAUCUCCAACUACGCGGUGGUUGUGGACAUCAUUGAUCCCGAGGACAUUCCGGAGCCCUCGCUCCUGGUGCAGAUCACCUCGUACUCGGCCUUCAUGGUCUCCCUGCCGCUGCUGCUGGGCGUGCUCCUGGCCCUGGCCCUGCUCCGCGGCCAGCAGACCAACUCGAACACCAUCCACCAGAACAUCGUGCUGUGCGUCUUCUUCGCAGAGCUGCUCUUCUUCGUGGGCAUGCAGUCGCGGCGGCACCUGAUCGACAACGAGUUCCCCUGCAAGCUGAUCGCCAUCUGCCUGCACUACUUCUGGCUGGCGGCGUUCGCCUGGACCACCGUCGACUGCGUGCAUCUCUACCGCAUGCUCACCGAGAUGCGGGACAUCAACCACGGCCCCAUGGGCUUCUACUUUGCCAUGGGCUACGGCGCUCCCGCCGUCGUUGUGGGCCUCUCCGUGGGCGUCCGGGCCCACGAGUACGGAAACAGUUUGUUCUGUUGGCUGUCCGUGUACGAGCCCGUGGUGUGGUGGCUCGUGGGUCCCAUUGCCGGCAUGUCCGUGGUGAACCUCUUGAUCCUGUUUGUCUCCGUGAAGGCCGCCUUCACACUGAAGGACCACGUUCUGGGCUUCGGCAACCUGCGCACGCUGCUCUGGCUGUCGGUGGUCUCGCUGCCCCUGAUGGGGGUCAUGUGGGUACUCGCCGUGCUGGCCGCCUCGGAGCACUCGCAGCUGCUGAGCCUGCUGCUCUCCGGCGUGGUGCUGCUGCACGCGCUCUUCUGCCUCAUUGGGUACUGCAUCAUCAACAAGCGGGUGCGCGAGAACCUCCAGCGCACCUGCCUGCGCUGCAUGGGCCGCAAGGUGCCGCUGCUCGACUCCUCGAUGGUGGUCAGCAACAGCUCCCACAACGUGAACGGGGCCACGCGGCCGAACAACUUCCUGGCGGGCACCUACGACACGACCACGAGGCGGAACAUCGGCAUCAGUGCCAGCAGCACCACCUCCCGCAGCACGGCCAAGACCAGCUCGAGUCCCUACAGCGACGGCCAGCUGCGGCAGACCUCCACGUCCACCUCCAACUACAAUUCGGCCAGCGACGCGCCCAGCUUCCUGCGCGGCUUCGAGUCCUCCACCACGGGACGGAGUCGCGGCGAGGAGAAGCCCCCGAGGCGGCGAACCGAACGGAAGGACUCCGACUCUGGCUCUGAGACCGACGGCCGCUCUCUGGAGCUGGCCUCCAGCCACUCCAGCGACGACGACGAGUCGCGUACGGCACGCUCCUCCGGCACGCACCGCAGCACGGCCGUCAGCUCCACUCCGGCCUACCUGCCCAACAUCACGGAGCACGUGCAGGCCACCACGCCCCCAGAGCUGAACGUGGUUCAGAGCCCGCAGCUCUUUCCGAGCGUCAACAAGCCCGUGUACGCCCCCAGGUGGUCCAGCCAGCUGCCGGACACGUACAUACAGUCGCCGCCGAACAUCGGACGAUGGUCCCAGGACACGGGCUCCGACAACGAGCACGUGCACGGCCAGAAGAUGACCAUCUCGCCCAACCCCCUGCCCAAUCCCGACCUCACGGACACCAGCUAUCUGCAGCAGCACCACAACAAGAUCAACAUGCCGCCCUCGAUCCUCGAGAACAUUCGGGACGCCCGCGACGGCUACGAGGACAGUCUGUACGGGCGGCGCGGCGAGUACCCGGACAAGUACGGCUCUUACAAGCCGCCCAGCCACUACGGCAGCGAGAAGGACUACCCGGGCGGCGGCAGCGGCUCCCAGACCAUCGGGCACAUGCGCAGCUUCCACCCGGAUGCGGCGUACCUCAGCGACAGCAUCUACGACAAGCAGAGGACCCUGGGCAGCGGCUACCUGGGCGCCAAAUCGGAGUCGCCCUACCUCUCCAAGGACCGCAUCACCCCGGACAUCUACGGCUCCCGCGACGGCCACUACAGCCUCAAGAGGCAGCCCGCCUACCCCACGGACUCGCUGCACUCGGUCCACUCCCUGCUCAAGAACGACUACCACCAGCAGCAGCAGCAGCAACAACAGCAGCUGCAGGCGCAGGCGCAGGACAGGCUGUCGGAGGGAUCGGACAAGAACGGAUACCACUUUCCCUACACAGCCGAGGAGGACCAUCUGACCACGCGCAAGCUGAGCCACACGCAGCCCCCCUCGCUGCACGGCUCCCAGCUGAUGCACCCCCCGGGCCUGGGCCUGAACAUGGGCAUGGGGAUGGGACUGGGCCUGGUGAACGAUGUAAACAACCCGGGCCUGAUGGCCCGUCACACGAUGAACGGCGGCUCGCGGCACAGCUCGCGGGCCUCGUCGCCACCCUCCAGCAUGGUGGCGCCCAUGCAGCCGCUGGGCCCCCUGGCCAGCAUCACGGACACUGAGCGGAAUAUUGAUGAUGACGAGACCACAGUGUGACGACUGUCCCAGCAACUGCAGUUGAAACAAAAGGAGAGGCAGAGGCAGGCGCAGAGGCAGCGACAGAGGCAGAAGCAGAAGCAGCAGGUGCAGCAUCUGCAGCAGAAGAACCAGGCGCAACACUUUGCCACAAUAAGACGCAAACCGCACUACAGAAGCACCAUCAAUGCCUGAGCUGCUUCCUGGACCAAGGCCACAGCAUACUUCCAGGGGCAGCAAGCGGGCGACGCGACGGGGCGGCGCCACCAAAGGCCAUAAGUCCAUCAUUAGAAUCCUGUACAUAAAAUACUCUCAUCCUGUCGAAACCACAUGCAUUUUACUCUUACCUAAAUACCGCUUAGCACUCCCCCGCAAACCCGCAAACGAGUACUAGUGUUAGGAACAUGUUUAUGCAUAGUUGUUAGCAUUUAAUUAAUUUAUACAACUCACCGGAGCAGAGCCCAAGUUGCAGCUGUUCGAAAACUGUACAGAUUGGGUUCGCUCGAGUGCGAGUGAGGGCGUGUAUUAUACCAUAUGUAUUUAGUAUUUAUAAUUAACGUUUAAAAACAAGUCAGACUGAUUUUACGCAUUUUUGUUCUGCCACUAAGUUAAGCUCUACGCAAAAACCAGUACAAUUACUCACACUCGCACAGAGCCUGUGCAUUUAGGUCCAAUUCAAGUAUCCCCAGAAGACAGAAGGAUGUACGAUUUGAUUCAAUCUUAGUUAGCGCAAACAAUGGGACAAGGGCACGUUGGGUGCCUCGAGAGCCCGAUCGAAGAUAGAGCUUAUUAUGCCAAAUUAUUUCAAAGUCGAAGAAACGGAGUUCGACUUUCCAAGCCCCUUGAGACUCUUAUUGGAAAGCAUUCAUCAGCCUCUCGUUCAGCCUGCGAGAGCGUGGCCACUGUACAAUCAAAAUCGCAUACAACAAACGUUUAGAAGGAAUAUUAUAGUGCGCAGUACGAGGACCACAGACACAGACCCCAUAAACAUAUCCAACAGUGCAUACAUAUAUUCGCAUGCAUACAUAUACAUAUUUGUCUAUAGUAUCGAAAGUAUCGGAGCGGAAGCUUGCUCAACAGUUUGAUCCCCGACUCAACAAUAGCCACUCAUGCCCAUGUAAAGUGUGUACAAUCUAUAAAUACAUAAUUCAUAAGCAACACUCACUCUGCUGGACUCCAUUGUUCUGUUCGCGCCGCAGUGUUGCACGAGCCAUUGGGGCUCUAAGCUUUGCCGCCGAUUGCGCUUCAAUGUGGCACACACACACUAUACGAUAUGAUAUCUAUGUGAAUUGGACACUUAUUUACUUGUAAAGUUUAUCAAUAUGAAUAA